GACGCAGGAUUGGGAGUGAAAGGGGAGAUAAGGAAUGGUGGGUUUACCUUCUUGACUAGACUUUUCAAUAAAUUUUGAAAGCUCUCUUCUUCUUUAACUGCAACCCAAAUUUACGCGGUCCGAACCUCACCCAAUAUAAAACCCCCUUUUCGUUUAGGGUUUCAAAUCGUCUUCGUACUCCCCUACCCUCCUUUCCAUUCUCUCUCUUACAAUAUUUCUUGGGGUCUUUGUCUGCUUUUCCUUUAAAGUCUGAAUCUUGUGUGGGCUUGGGAGAGAAUUCGUCGGUCGGGUUACUGCAAUCAAGGGAGGAUUUCGAAAGAAAAAAACAUUCGUGUUUCGAUUACGUAUGCGGUGAGAAAUGCCAGCGACAGAGUUUCAACAGUCGUCUUCGUCGUCGUCGUCUUCUUCUUCUCCAAGCUUUGGAUUCUCCAUUCUGAGCCGCCGCCGCGAUCAGGUUCACUCCCACUCGAUGGAGUCGCCGCCGGCGGGCCUCGAAAACGAAUUGGAAGCCUUCCAGCGACAAGUCGCCGAUCGCUUUCACGAUCUGUCGGCGGCGGACUCCGGCGAGCUCCUCUCAAUUCCAUGGUUACGGAAGCUUCUAGACGCGUUCCUCUGCUGCCACGAAGAAUUCAGGGCAAUUCUCUUCAACAACCAGCCUUAUCUGAAUAAACCGCCAUUGGAGCGUCAGAUUUCCGACUUCUUUGAGCGGAGCGUUAAGGCACUGGAUGUCUGCAACGCCAUUAGAGAUGGGAUUGAGCAGAUGAGACAGUGGCAGAAGCCAUUGGAGAUUGUCCUCUGUGCAUUGGACAAUCAGAGGAGCAUCGGAGAAGGGCAAAUUCGCAGGGCCAAGAAAGCCCUGAUCGAUCUCACCAUCGGAAUGCUCGACGAGAAGGAGUCAUCUACUGCACUUGCACAUAGAAAUCGAUCUUUCGGCCGCAACAAUUUGCACAAGGAGCACAAGUCUUUGGGCCAUUUCAGGUCACUCUCAUGGAGUGUGUCGAGGAAUUGGUCUGCUGCCAGACAGCUCCAAGCCAUCAGCAACAACCUCGUAGCUCCUCGCUCCAAUGAGAUCUUAUCCACCAAUGGUCUUAAUUUAGCUGUCUUUACAAUGAGCUAUGUUCUGCUGUUUGUUAUGUGGGCUCUUGUGGCGGCGAUCCCCUGCCAAGAUCGCGGUCUUCAGACACACUUUGCAAUAAGCAAGCAGUUCUUGUGGGCAGGUCCAAUUCUUUCCCUCCACGAGAGGAUAUUGGAAGAGUCAAAGAAACGGGCUAGGCGAAACGCCUGUGGAUUGCUGAAGGAGAUAUAUGAGAUUGAGCAAUGCGCACGCCAUUUGAACGAACUUGUCGAUAACACACAGCUCCCAUUACCAGAGGAGAAGGAAAGAGAAUUGCGAAUUACAGUCGAGGAAGCGGGAAAUGUGUGUAAAUCUCUAAAGGACGGGCUCGAUCCGUUGGAACGACAAGUUAGAGAAGUGUUCCGGAGAAUUGUUCGCAACAGGACACAAGGGCUCGACUCGACAGGUGGAGGAGACUGAUGAAACUUGAUCAGAUCAAGAUCAAGAUGCAUGUUUUGUGAAUUUUGGUUUCUUGAGAAUGGAAACAAUUAUAAUAAUGAUAGUAAGUAGUAAUAAUUCUUGUGGUUCGAAAGUGGGGUUGAAAUCUCUUGUAUGUAUCACACAAUCAUCAUUAUGUAAACAAGUUAGAGUGAAAAAUCGGAUCUUUACUUUUGUGUCUGUA